AUGCGCCCAUUGACAUUGCACUCUUCUGCCCUCAACGAUGCCGAAUAUACCGUGUACACCGCCUGUCUCCGCGACCUCUCCGAGGAGGACGAAAACGACCCGGACCACGUCGCCGCUCCGCGCGCCGACUCGUACAACACGGACUUCACCGUCGGCGUGCGCGAGGCAAGGGCGUGGCUGAGGGGGAGAUACAGAAGCCUUGCACCUGGGGUGCUCGAUUCGAUCUUGAGACUGUUCUGCCCGAAGCUUGCGCCCGGAGAGUCCUUGACGGGCGGCCAAAUGUUCGCUGUCCUCCGUCUGGUGCACCAUGCAUUGAACGGCAAGGACGUGGACAAGAAUUUGGUCUUUGUCCAGGCCACCGAAUCCGACUAUGAUCCCCGCCCUUCCCAACCCGUCCCACCUACUUCCGACUUCAACACAUCUAUACUCUCCCCCACCUCCGACACCAACCCCUUUCACUACCACCACGAUGCGCAAGCCAAACCCAACGAUCUCCCUCUGCCUUUAUCACGCCCCGUCCCCGCCAAGCCCACCAUUCCCGCUCCUCCCCUGCCGAGCCCACCGCCCGCUCUUCCUCCCAAACCCGGCAACACGAACCCCUUCCUGACAAGCCUGCGCGCACGCCGCAGCUCCGAAGACGAGCCUCCCUUGCACUUCCAUGCCUCCACCCCAUUCGCCUCCCGCGCCCGCAGCGAGGGCCGCGGUCCGCCUCUGCCCCCGCGCAAGCACAGCAUGCCCGCGCCCGCCAUGCCGCCUCCUCGGCACGCCUCCCAGACGCAGACGCGCCCCACACACGCGCACCAUACCUCCUCCGCAUCGCUCUCCGCGCCGAACGCCAAUCUGCUCAUUCAGCAAAGCCUUACCGCCACGCGCGUUGCGCAGAGCCUGAAGCGCGCGGAGCACCGCCUCGAGCAGGAGCGCGUGCUCGAGGUUCUCAAGAGCAGCAGUGACACGAACGGGAGGACGAGGAGUAACAGUCCGAUGGUGGAAGAGCGCGAGCGCGAACGGGCGGCGUCGACCUCGGGCUCGAGCUCGGCGGAUAGAGAGUGGGAGAAGGAGAAGCGACGGAUGCCGACGCUCCCGCCGAGGCCAAAGGUGAGCCCGCCGGCAUCGACUAUGUCGGGUUCCACGGCGCGCUCGAUGGAGCAAGUCGCCCGCGCUACGCUGCCUUAUAGGCACUCCAGCGCCAUGCCAAUGCCAUCCUUCCGCUCUCCGCCGUCCUCAGUCCACACUGCACCCGAAUGCACCACCUCGCCUGCGCUCACGCCUCCCCGCCCACUGAACGACCUCCCACCAGAACCGCCCCCCACCCACCCCGACAGGAAGCCCGUGUCCGCCCUCGUGCUAGAUUCCGAUCGCGAGCGCGGAGUCCUUCCCCCACUCGAAUCUCCGCACCUCUUCCGCUCGCGCUCGAUGCAUCACCAGGCGCCCCCGCCCAUCCCGCCACACCGGAAGAAGCGCCCCGAGAGCGUGCAGAUCACGCCGACGUCGACCUCGCCCGUCGACUCGCCGUUCGCGUCGCCCGUCAGAGGCGCACAUGCGUUGCCCUCUUCGGGCGCGUCCAUCCACAGCAGCACCAGCCAGCCCGCGCUCUCGCGGCAUUCAUCGCUCUCGGCGCGCUCGCGGCAUAGCGACGGGAUCGCGGAGCCGAUUGCGAAUUUGCAGCGCACGCUGAGCACUCUUCACCAAAAGGCGCAGCCGCGUCUCGAUUCGGCGCGGUUCAAGGCCGAGGCGGCGUUUGCCCCGCGCGGGUUCGUGCAGCAUUCGCAGCCGGGCUCGCGUUGGCUGAGGCAGGAGGGCGAGGAGCGUUUGAUGAGCGAGGAUGAGACGGAUACGGGGCGUGAUGAUGAGAGUGUGGGGCAGGACGUGGAGGAGACGGAGAGCGAGAAGGAGAGGAAUGAGCGGUUGAGGAAGCUUAGGCUUGGGAAUAGGGAUGAGGUACCGGCGGUGGACCGUCCGCAGCAGGUGGGCGUCGAACGGGACGACUUGAAAUGGCCCGCUGGAAAUGGAUGGAAGCGAUUGUAG